AUGGUUCAUUACAAGCUGACAUAUUUUGAUGGCCGUGGUCUUGCAGAAAUUAUUCGUCAAAUAUUAGUCGUAGGUGGAAGCGACUUCGAAGAUGUGCGGUACAGUUUUGAGGAGUUCCCGAAGCACAAAGAAGAGUUGCCGUUCGGUCAGGUGCCAGUACUUGAAGUCGAUGGGAAGCAGCUCGCUCAAUCGCAUGCCAUCGCUCGCUAUUUGGCUAGGAGUUUCGGUCUUGCCGGCAAAAGUGCUUGGGAGGAAGCCAUUGUUGACUCGAUUGCCGACUUAUGCAAGGACUAUACACGCGAAUAUUCGGCAGUUCUACAUGGUCUUGCAUGGAUUCGAGAAGGGUGA